GUCAGGAUCAGCUUUUGGCUGAGGACAGAGAAACAUUUGGAAACUUGGAAAGAGCAGCCACGAACUCAUCCCCAUGCCAUGAGUUCAAAAACUAUACAUGUACUUUGCUCAUGUAUGUGGUGUAGACCAUGAGUGUACAAGUAGACCUUUCUAGCAAAGUACUGGUAGGCCGACAGUGAAGCCAGCACCACAACAGCUACCAACUCAAUGAGUCCCGCAAGAACCAGUCAUUGAAGACGGACGACGUCCAGAAAGACAGACUAUCAGCAUACCAGCUUGUAUGACUGUGCGACACUGUCUGCCUCUUUUACUAACCCCUUAACAAGCAAGAGGCUCUGGCUUUUCUUCCUACAAGUUCCGUGCGACCGCACCAGUAAUGCAUGCUGGUUCUACACUGGUUUUAGACAGCUUUUCAGACACAGAGAGGAGGUCUCCCUUGAAGUAGUGAGAAUGCAAGCGCCGGUUCGUAGUGUCGAACACACGAGUGUUGAGGCCUCAAGAAAGUACUUUAAGCAGAGCUUCGUAUCAUUAAGUGAAUUGUCCCCGGUAUUGGUACUAUGUUUACCAUAACCAUUUUACUCUCCAAAAAGAUAGCUAAAUUACUCGAACUGUGUAUCACGGUCUUAAUACACUUAAGCCCAUCUUUGUUGAGUCUCACAUGCAACAGCGACAGGGAAGUCAGCGCAGGUGAAAGAGGUCUUGUACUCAGCGUGUUGUGUUCUAUUUGUUUUUGUAUUUCACCCCCUUUUAUUCUCCCCUCUUUGGUGCUGAUCAUCCUUACCAAUCCGCUAUUGCACCUAGUCUUUGGGGAGAGUGACUACUUUUUCGUUGAUUUUGGAGCCAUGUGGGUUUCAACAUGACUUGACGUAGAACACUACUGGUACUGAAUUGACCACAGUCGAAAUCACCGGUUUUUGACCCAUUUCCUCUGCCUCUUUCAUUUUCAGCACAUCACACACCCACAAAAGCGCUAAAAUUUUUCACAACAACAGCAACCCGAUACACUGAAUACAACGACUACAAGCUAAUAGGGACCACAGACCAACAACCACCAACACACUCCUAGUACAAUGAGCAACAAUAAGGAUGACAAGGGCAGCAAGCCCCCCCCUUCUUUCAAUGCUAGUGCGGAUAUGUUUAGCCAUGGAAUUAGCCUUAACAUGGACGACGAUAUUGGAGAGGAGCACACCCGUCGUGUGGGCUUCAACCCUAGUUUCGCCCCCACCAACAUCAGCUUCGAGCCACCUCCGAUGGCCCCUAUGCUCUCUCCAGGCAUGGGAUUGGGAGGCCCAGGCGGUGCCUUUAGCACAGCCCAAUCUAAGACAGCUGUAAUGAGCACUGGUCGACCGGCGAAGUUCCAAUGGCUAUUGUCGGAUGCUCCAACACUGCCUGAGUUUCACCCACUGGAACGCACUGCAGUCUUUGUUCCCAGCACAGAUGCCUCUGCUGUUUCAGGGCGCAUCAGUGAUGUACUCCGAGACCGCUCUAUCGAGGCCUCCUUUGAUGACACAAAGGGACGAGCACGAUGUGUGUCCGCUGACGGUGUUGACUUCCGAGUUCGACUGUAUCGAGGAAGAGGUCAAUACAAGCACGGAAUCAUUGUAGAGGUCCAACGACGAUUUGGAACCUCCAUCAAUUUCCACAGCGAUACCAAGGCCAUCUUGGAUUCUGCUGAGGGAAAGACACCCGAGAAGCCACCUGCCAAGCCAGCCACACUGCCGCUUGGUCCACAAGAUGACAACUACAGCCCAAGCGCUGGGUCUUCGCUUGGUAUGGUUGCUCGUAUGCUUAACUUCCCUGGGUAUGACGCACAGUACCUUGCACUGCAGACACUGACGUCUCUCACAGAUCCAGCAAAGAUGGGUUCCGCAACUGCAAAAGCCGUUUCCGCAGAGCUCAUGAGCAACACCACCAACGACGUUGGCGCCAAGCUUCUCAUGCUCAUCCUUUCCUCUCCCAAGCCACAAGACGAGACAUUUGACCAACGAGUAAUGGCUAUGGGUGUUCUCGCUAAUGUACUACAAGUUGUUUCUGGCAAUGUCCCCGACAGUGUCAAGAUGCAACUACGUGAUGUCAUGAAGCAAGACCUUCGAAAAGCAGAGUCCAACCCUCGACUGGCAGCAAUCGCAGCACGAUGCAUUGAGCAUCUGAUCGUCAGUGACCCCAAUGCAAGAGAUAUCUACCUUGAUGCGCUCGAGGUUGCAUAUCAAGUUGGUAACGAUAGACACGCCGGUCUGAUGCGACAAGCGGAGCGUUGCCUAGAAAAGAUUGGCGCACGAUGAACGAAGAAGGGGUGUUGAAUAAAAUGAUAGAGGUCCCUGUGGUGUCCAUUAUUUCAUAGGAGCUUAAAUAUUAGUCUGCGUAUUCUGUGAAUAGCAACAACCGAUCCU